GGUUCGCCGUUGGUUUCCUGCUGCAGUGAGGAAAAGACAGACAGGGAAGACUCAACACCACCACCUCCACAAACUACACUGUACAAUGAAAUUGUUAGCAAUAUCUCCAUCUCUGGAUGUCUGCUCCGUCACGGUUUUACUGCUGGUGAUGGGCCUCUCAACUCCUGGACAAGCAGAAAUCACCAGUCUGGACUCAGGCAACAUUGACGAUGUCCUAAAUAAUGCUGGGGUGGCAUUAGUGAAUUUUUACGCAGACUGGUGUAGGUUCAGCCAGAUGCUCCAUCCAAUUUUUGAGGAGGCAUCUAACAUAGUGAGAGAGGAGUUCCCUGAUACCAAGCAGGUGGUGUUUGCGCGCGUCGACUGUGACCAACAUUCGGAUAUCGCCCAGCGGUACCGCAUCACUAAGUAUCCUACGUUGAAGCUGUUCCGCAACGGGAUGAUGAUGAAGAGGGAGUACAGGGGUCAGAGGUCGGUGGCGGCCAUCGCUGACUUUAUCCGCCAGCAGCAGGUUGACCCCGUGAAAGAGAUCCAAUCAAUGGAGGAAGUUAAAGCUGUGGAUAGGAGCAAGAGGAACAUCAUAGGUUACUUUGAUAAAAAGGACUCAGACAACUACCACACAUAUGAAAAAGUUGCCAACAUCCUUCGGGACGACUGCAUGUUCAUGGCUGCUUUCGGUGCUGUGUCUGAGGCCGAGCGCUUCAGUGGAGACAACGUGAUCUACAAACCUGUGGGGGAGAGCGUCCCUGACAUGGUCUACCUCGGCUCACUUACCAACUUCGACCUGACCUAUGCUUGGGCCCAGGACAAGUGUGUGCCUCUGGUCAGGGAGAUCACCUUUGAAAAUGGAGAGGAGCUGACUGAAGAAGGGAUCCCAUUCCUCAUCUUGUUCCAUAUUAAAGAAGACACAGAGAGCUUAGAGAAGUUCCAACAUGAAGUGGCUCGCCAGCUCAUCAGUGAGAAAGGGUCCAUAAACUUCCUGCAUGCGGACUGUGAUAAGUUCCGCCAUCCUCUGCUCCACAUCCAGAAAACUCCAGCUGACUGUCCCGUUAUCGCUAUAGACUCAUUCAGGCACAUGUAUGUGUUUCCUGACUUUAAAGACCUCGCCAUCCCUGGCAGGCUGAAACAGUUUGUGUUGGACCUUCACUCUGGAAAGCUACACCGAGAGUUUCACCAUGGUCCCGACCCCACAGAGAGCACGCCCGGACAGGAGGAGAUAGUAGGAGAAGCAGCCAGCAGCCCUCCAGAGAGCUCGUUCCAGAAACUGGCACCCAGCGAGACUCGCUACACCAUCCUCAGGGACCGUGACGAGCUGUGACCUCAACGGCCUUCCAGUGAUCCUGUGACUCAAUGCCACGCCCCGGGGUCAGGGAGGGGGUUAGGGUUGGGACAGGCCAGCGGGACAGAACAGCAACACCCAACACCCUUACUGAAGAGAGAAAGAUAGAUGUUGAGGAGGAGGAGGAGGAGGAAGAAGAGAAUGAAGAAGAAGGAGAAAAAGAAGAACGGGAGGAGGAGAGCAGAGGAGCGCAGUCCAUGACACAACCAUGUUGGAAUAACCUAUAUUUUCAUAACUCUUUCACGUACAAUUUUUAUUUUGGAUUAAAAGGAAGAGGGUUAAAGAAGGAAAUGUGUGGUAGGGGUUAGGGGCAUUAGGACAUCAUGAGAAGUGUUUUUACUUUGAUUUUUUUGGAGCUUGUAUAUAUGUUUGUGCUACAUGGGAGUCUCAUUGUUGGUCUAAAUUAAAUGCAGAGUUUUCUUUAUUUUAUUCCUUUUCUUUUUCAUCACCCUGAUUUUUUUUUUUUUGUAGAGAAACAAACCAGAACAGUUCCCUCACUCCAGUCGUAUGGUUCUUAUCUGUGGGUAGUCCAGUUCAGCCUGAUAGGAGACGCUUGUUUAGUCUCACUGACCUCAUGGCUGCAUCUCAAUAUGACCAACUCUACUCUAACUCAUUUGUAUAGCACAAGUUGUAACGACAUGCCUGUUUGAAGUAGCUUUAUCUCCACAUCUUCUCCACACACACACAUACACACACACACAAAGUUCUGAAGGAAUAGAAAAAUAUUUUGAAAUACUGGGUAAGGGCAACAUAAUUUCAAAUCAUGACUUGAAACAGAAGAUAAAGAGACAGAGCUACUCCAGCCUAUUGAGAUGCACCCCCUUCUCUCCCUGGUACUAAAUGGUUAUUAGGUUAUGAUGUCACUUACAGUGUCUAUAAAAAGAAAUUCCCGUCUUGGACCUUUUUUUUGUUUUACAACAUUGAACACAACUCAACAGAAAAUACAGUAAUAUCAAAAUGAAUGAGCUUUUUGCCCAUCAUACUAAACACCAUGUAGAACAUCACCAAAAACACACCACCCCCACCGUGAAGCCUACUGGUGGCAGCAUCCUGCUGUGUGGAGGCUUCUCUGUAGCAAGCCCUGGAUGGCUUGUGACGGUACAAGGUGGAGCGAAUGCAGCAAAAUGCAGAGAAAUCCUGGAGAAAAUAUGCAGCUAUGAUUGUGUAUUUUACAGCAAGAUAAACAUUAAGUCAAAUGUGUUGGCUAAGGUGUUCAGACUUAAAUCCAAUCCAGAAUUUGUGUCAGGAUAAUAGUUGUUCACUCAGACUAUGAGUGACUGAAAAAUGGGAAAGAAUCAGUGUCCCCAUGUGUAAAGCUCUUACAGACCUAUUGACGUCAGGCUGUAACUGUUGCCAAAGGUGCCUCCAUUAAGUAUUGUCUUGACGGACAUGAAUACUUAUGCAAUCAGGAAUUGUUAAUUUUGUACUCAAGACCAAUCUGUUGGAAUUAGUUUUCUGGUCAGCGUCUAAAAGGCUGAUUGAUCACUUCCACUGUUGUAAAACAUGAAAAGUCUAAGGCGCUGGAUGCUCUUUAUAUAGGUACAAUAUUUCCUGUAACACCUCUGAGUUGUGUUCCUGGUAAUCAAAUUGAGGGGGAAAAAAAGUUUUGAAAUGGUGUACGUUAACACGAAUUAACAAAAUGGCUGUUGUUGUUUUUUUUUUUUGGCUGUCACCUGUUGUCAAAUGUGUCACCAAUGCUGGGGGAGAAAGACUGCGUCCUUCCCAGUGUUUUCAAAAGCUGAGAGACAAGAGGGGAACCCCCCCCAUGUGAUGAACGGUGGAAAUUUACAGUCUGCCACUUUAUACGAGUUCUCUUAAAAAAUGGUUUUGUCUCUUUAUAUGUCUUUGAGGUUUUGGUACAAGUCUAGAUUCCUGAGAUCCGCUGAGUUUGAAUGAAUCCAAAAGUGGGAUUUAAAUAAGGGUAUGGGGAUCCAUUGCUAAGUUUGUACUGUCCUGCCCUUCCAUAGAGGCCAACAGAUGCCUGCAUAGUGACAUAUCAGCUACACAUACAGGAGAGCAACAGGAGGGGAGGGGGGGUGUGAUGCCAUUUCUAAACCAGUCAUCUCAGAGGGGAAGAAGAGUAAAAAAAUGAAAAAAGUAAAUUAAAAACCAUUUUACAGGA